AUGGACCGCGAUCCAGCCAACCCUGCAGUCUGGUUUCCUCUCGAGGCCAACCCUGUCGUCCUGACCACUCUGGCACAGAAGUGGGGCCUCGCUCCACAUAUCCACUUUGAGGACGUGCUCGGUCUCGACCCAGAGACCCUUUCCCUCGUGACUCGACCCGUCCAUGCCGUUGUUGCCUUGUUCCCAGACACGCCUGGCAUCGUUGCAGCGCGCACAGACGAAGGACCAGGCGAGGCCGACGCGGCUGCUGCUGCCCACGUCGCCGUCGUCGUCCCGCCAGCCGUCACUCCCAUCCCACCCAGCCCACUAAGCCAAACCAGCUCCUCGCCACCCCUGCCGUCCCAUGUUUCGCAUCCGUCACCGUUGCGGGGCGCCGAGGACACGUUGACGGCGGAUGUGGGCUUGGCGUCGUCGUCUGCCGCGCCUGUGCAAUCGGCUGGCGCGGGUUCAAGCUCAAGCUCGGCGCCUCGCGUUCCUCUUUGGAUCCCACAGGUCAAUGUCGGACACGCAUGCGGGACGUUUGCAGUCGUGCAUGCCCUCGCAGCGACGGGACUCGCCCCGGGCUUGGACGAGUUUGUGGCACAGUGCCGAGCCCUGCCGCCAUCCAAACGGACAGACCUCUUCCGCUCCUCGUCCCUCAUCCAUGACGCGCACAACUCGGUCGUCGCGGCUGGCCAGUCGACCCCGCGCCCAGAGGACUGGGACGACUGCGACCACUUUAUCGUCUUCGUCCCCUACGACGGGACGCUGUGGGAACUGGACGGCGUCGCGCCCCGACAGGGACCGUUCAAUCGCGGCGUGUGCGAGGACGUGCUGGCGGACACGGCGCGGGUGAUUCGCGACAAGUACCUCCCCGUAGCUGGGGAGAGUAUCCACUUUGCCCUCCUCGCACUCGUGGGGUGA